AUGGUUUUGUCUCUCGUUCACCUCCCAGAAGAGAUCCUUCAUUCCAUCCUCUGCCACUCGCCUCCGGUCUCGGCCGCUGCCUUGGAACAAUGCAGCCGCCGCUUCAAUCAUGUAACCAAUGAGCCCUUACUAUGGCGUCACUUCUGCCAGACUCAUUAUCAAUUCUGGGAUCGGAGGCAUGACUUGGCCCGGAAAUUAGCCAGCCCUGUCUCAUCAGUGGACUGGAAGACGCUCUUCGUGUCAAGAUACCGAGUUGACCGCUCGGUUACCCGGCUCCUCGACAGUACUCUGGCCUGCCAGACUGGGCGCAUCGACAAGUUUCGGGCCGUUAUUGAUUAUGGAUAUGAUGCCAAAGAUACCCUGUGGCGAGAGAGCCAGGUGGAAACGGGGGAGGAUCAUCUGGCGAGAAGGUACUAUGCUCGAGCGCUAUUGACAUUCCUCCAUCGGAGUAUUGCUGUGCCAGAAUGGGCCAAACUACGGCGCGGGGAGUCGGUGUCGCUCGAUCGAGCGUUGGGCUGUUUUGACCUAUUUGUACCGGAGACUGGGUGUGGCGAUCUGGACGAGAUCAGAGGCUUGCUGGAUGAGAUUACGAAGCGAUUCAUCUCCUCCAAUCCAGAUUUCAGCCUUUUAAGCCCUCGUGACCAGGCACUGGCCAUUGCAUCGUGGCUGCGGACGAAUGAUUUCACCGGCAUUGAGCCAGGGCGAGAGUAUUACUCUUUGGAACAUAACUUUCUUGGUUUAGCCUUGCAAAGCCCGGGACACAACUCACUUCCACUGAUCUCAGCGGCGAUAUACUGCUACGUGGCCCAGAGGCUUCACCUGGAUGCUCGUCCUUGCGGGUUCCCAUUCCAUGUGCAUGUCAUCAUUCGUCCACAACCGGGGUGCGAUAUGGAUGGUCGCACUAUGGCGGAGACCGAGGAAGAAGAGCCGAUGUAUCUGGAUCCGUUUCGGGGCGCCCGAGAGACUCCCGUUUUAGAUCUACGAAACCAACUGACCUUCCUUGGGGCACCCAGCACGCACCAGCCUGCUCUUCUGGGGGAUUCUCCGACCUCGGAUAUAAUUCUGCGCUGCGGCAAAAACAUCUUGAACUCGGUCUAUUCAAUGCCUAAUUCAAACUCUCACACCACUCCCGUAGACAUGGUCAGUGCCAAAUAUGCUGCGCUAUGGUCAAUCAUGCUCCUCUCGGGCGAUGCUCGGCGGAUGGACCUCCGGCACCAAUUGCCGUUGCUUAUGGAAAUGUUUGCCACUGAUUUCCCCUCUGAUAUUUUUUUGGUGGAGCAGUAUAUCGUGCCUCUCUUUGACGGCCUCUUUGAACAUGAACACAUAUUGGAAAGCCUUCACGUUAUGCGAGCAGUGGAUGAGAUCCCCAAGCAGGUUCGAAAACGCAGCGCAGGGAACAAGCACAUCCGAUACCGAGUGGGCCAGGUAUUCCGGCAUCGUCGCUACCAAUAUCGAGCCAUCAUCACUGGUUGGGAUUCGGAAUGCGGCGCUGGAGAGCAGUGGAUGAGAAGAAUGGGCAUUGAUCGCCUCCAGGCUGGUCGGCAUCAGAGCUUCUAUCACGUCCUGGUGGAAGAUCGGAGUGUUCGCUAUGUGGCGGAGGAGAAUAUCGAACUCAUCCUGCCGCAUGUCAGCGAACUGCCCGAGAGCCUGAUGACCAUUGCCGGGAAGCACUUUAAGCGAUGGGAUGAAGAUGCCAGGACAUUUGUGAGCAAUGUGCGCGAUGAAUAUCCGGAGGACUGA